GCUUUCUCCCAAAAAUGCUUGUACCCGCCUUCAAAAGUCUUUCUUUUUUUAGACACAACAGCAUUGUCCGUUUCCUUGCCUGAAAGCCUCAAUCUCAUCAUUUUUCGAUCACCUUCUCCUUUUUUCACGAUGCAGCUCCUGUUUGCUCUCCUUAUGGCCGCCGUCCUCGUCGCUGCCCAGUCCGGCAGCUACGGGAGCAACAUUGACGGCUUGAUCUCUCAGGUACCUCAGUGUGCCUUUAACUGUCUUGCGGAAGCCGCUGAAUCCUCCAGUUGUGGCCUGACUGACAUCCGGUGCAUGUGUGGCCGCAUUUCCUUGGUCUCCGGCACUUCCUCCACGUGUUUAUCCAAGGCUUGUUCCGCUGAUCAGCUUGCAACUCUUUCCUCUACCAUCAGCAAAGUCUGCGCCGACGUUGGUGCACCGGAUCCCGCCGCCGCGAAAACGGCGACGAGCAACGACACUGUGCCCGCGGCUUCAGCGGUCCCUACGCCGUCACAAACAGCGGUUGCCACUCGGCUCAAGCUACAAAUGGCCACUGUGGCCAUGUUUGCCGCCUUAUCCGUCAAUAUAGUUUAA